AUGGCCGCAGAAACGGCAGAGGCGUCUUCAUCGGGACCAGCUUUGCCAGCCGACGAUGACGUGCAGAUUGCAUUUCUCCGCUCCAUCUCGCUCCGAAGACCUAUCGGUCCACACAAGCAUUUCAAGAUGCUUUCUAUUCUUAUGGACAUCCAGAAAGCGCUAGAUACACGAUACCAGCGCCUAUCUGCUCGACUCGAGAGACUCAGCAGUGCAGCACCGCCCAGCAUCGCGACCGACAAGAAAGCUAGACCACCUUCAUCCAUCAGCACCACCGGCAGCACUCCAGCAUCGCGCAGCCGUCGCGGACUAGCAUGCAAAGGUUCAUGCUCGCGCUCUGUCAGUGUAGCCAGCUCCAACCCAGCAGAAGAGGAUGGCGACCCCACGGAGGACGAUGCUGAGAACCAAGAGGAGGAGAGAGAGCGACAGCAGGAAACCGAGCAAACGCGAUUGGCGAUAGCCGGGCUGGGACUCGAUCGCAAAGUAAGCCCGGAAAUGAUCUGGAACGAGCUGCAUAAGCUCUUCGACCUCGAAGCGCUGGAUGAGAUGGAAGAUGGCGCUAUCUUUGACACUUCCAGUCAAGCUGGCACCAGCUCCGACGCUGGCGACUCGAGCGGCUCAGACUCGACAUCGCGCUCUUCUCCGCCCGCCAACAAACGCAAACACAGCACCAACUCGGACGCUCACAAAUCUCGUCGACUCUCAGCCGAAAUCUUGUCUAGAUUCGUUGUUGAGCAUCCUGGCUCGCCUGACUUCAACCAGGAUCGCCAACGCAAGUCAAGGGCCAGCAGCAAUCAGCAAUCGCAAAACUGGAUCUAUGGUGAUGACAUUCGUGGUACGGGAGAUGGCAUGUCGAGGCGCGACUUUUACCUUUGGCCAUGGGAGGACUUUGAGCCUCUGAUUGCUGAGCGCCGUUUGGCGAAGACUGAAGAGGAGGAAGAGGGCGUUGGCAGCAGCAACCGGCGCAACUCGGUCGCAUCGGCGGACGCAUCCUCGGUGGACAAGAAGCAGAAGCGACCAGCUUCUCCGACUGCCGCUCCUGCUGAUACCAAAGAUGAGUCCAAGCAGGAGUUAGACAAGGAGGAGGAAGGAGAGGAGGAAGACUUGUCAGAGCCUGCAUCUGACGCAGACGUAUCCAAGGAUUCGACUUCCAAGCGUCGCAGCACUCGUCGCGGCCAAGAAACUGCCGAGACCAAAAAGAAGUCGAACCGCAGUCGAGGCGAGGCCCGCAAUACGGCAGAAGCACAGAUUGACGAGGAUCAAGCUGCUGACAAGACGAAGCUUGAAGAGGAUGCCACCGACAAUGAUGGCGAAUCAGGCGAGGACAACGACGAGACCGGACAAGUCACCACACGCCGGGGCACUCGCAAGGCACCAACACCGAGCAGCCGUGCGACGCGCCGCAAGAGCACAUCCGGCACCGUCACUCCAACCCGAUCCACUCGCCGCAGCCGUCGCGCAGGGAACGACGAAGCCGAAGCAUCCGAAGAAGAGACGGCCAACGAAGAGAGAGCCGAGGCAAGCGAAGCAGAAGAAGAAGAGGAGGAUGAUGAGGGAAUGCAAAGCGAAGCUGAGAACGCAGCUUCUCGUCCAAGAUUGAGCAAGGCUCAAGCAGCUGCCUCUACGCGCAAAGGAUCAAAGAAGCGAGGGGCACCUUCGAGCGACCAAGAAGACCAAGACUCUCGCCCUUCCGUUCUUCGUCGCCGCAGUAGUCGUCGAGCAUCCAAGUCGGAGAUGAAUGAGGAUGCAGGGGAUGAAGAAAUGGCUGAUGCGAAAGAGGAGCAGAGCGAGGCAGCCAAUGAAGCUGCGCCACAAGCUGGUUCUGACCGUGAAGAGGAGGCGGAAGAGGACGGCGAGCAGGGCUCGGACGAAGGCGGCGAAGAGGAUGAAGAGGAAGCUUCCGAGCAAGACGGAUCGGAUGAAGAAGGUGGAUCUGACGAAGAAGGCGGAAGCGAUGACGAGUCGACUGCUGGCCGACGUGGUAAAGCGUGGAGCAAAGGGGCUGCAAGUCGGACCAGCCAACGUAGUGUUGGUGCUGGCAAGAAUGCUGGUCGCUCAACUCGUGGCUCGGUGGUCUCGAGAUCAAGCGCUGCCAAGGAAGCAGCUCCGUCUACGCCCGCCAAACAGACUCGGUCGAGCCGUGCAUCUGCUACACCUGUAGGUUCAAGCUCACGAAGAGAGAGCAGCGACAAGCAAGGUGGCUCGACAUUGACACCUACGCCUCGCACACCAGCGGCAGCUAGGGCCGCAACACGAAGCUCUGCAUCGUCGGACGCGAGGAGCACUCGACGCACGCCCCGUCGUUGA